ACACACACACACACACACUGAGAAAUCUCUCUCAAUUUCUCUCCCAUCACGACGAUGUCUCCAACCUUCAUCUUCCCCAAAACCCUAAUUUCUCUCGAAAAAGAAUCCGCUUCCGAUGCCCCGAAUCUCUUUGUCCAAAACCCUACUUCCCUCUCCUCUCUCCGUCCUUCCGAUCUCGAAGAAUUCGUUAAAGGCCUAUCUUUUGAUCUAUCCGAUAAAGAGCUGUAUUGCGUCCAAGAGCAAGACGUAUUCGAUCGCAUUUACUCGUCGAUUAAGUACUUUGGGGAUUUGACUCCUGGUUGUAAGUUGAAUAUUGUGGAAAGUUUGAGGUCAAACUUUAGUGUUUUGCUUCCGAAUAUUGAUUCACUUUUUAGGGUUUCAAGUUCACCGAGUAGAGAUGAGGGUGAAUGUGAUGAGGGAGGUAGUAGAGUGUUGGAUCGAGUUAAUUCUCAUCGGAACGCGUUUAAAAUUUAUACGUUUUUUCUUGUUAAUGUUGUUGUCUUACAGGAAUCAAACAGUGGUUCAAGCACUACUACUAAAGCACUGCCAAGUGGUAGGAAGAAACAUCCUGUUAGCUCAUGGAAUUGGGAAGCCCAAAGGGGACGUAUACUAAAUUUGAUUGCUAAUUCCUUGGAGAUCAAUCUAUCAUCGCUCUUUGGCUCUUCAGAUCCAGAUGAAAAUUAUUUGUCUUUUGUUGUGAGAAAUUCACUUUCCAUGUUUGAGAAUGCAAUGUUGUUGAAAGAUGCCGAGGCAAAGGAAGCUCUAUGCCGUAUUGUUGGGACUUGUGCGACUAAAUACCAUUAUUUGGCACAAUCUUGUGCUUCAAUCUUGCACUUACUUCAUAAACAUGAUUUUGCUGUUGUGCACUUGGCUGAUGCUGCAGCUUUGGCAGAGAAAAAGUAUUCUGAUGGAAGCCUGGCUAUCUCUCUUAUAAGAGAAAUUGGGAGAACCAACCCAAAAGAUUACGUGAAAGACACUGUUGGAGCUGAUAAUAUUGGAAGGUUUCUUGUAGAGCUUGCUGAUCGUUCACCAAAGUUAAUCUCAACUAACAUAGGUUUAUUGGUUCCCCACUUUGGUGGAGAAUCAUACAAGAUAAGGAAUGCCCUUGUCGGAGUGUUGGGAAAGCUGGUGGCAAAAGCCUUUAAUGAUAUUGAAGGGGAAGUAAGUAGCAAGUCCAUUCGUCUUCGAACAAAGCAGGCAAUGUUGGAAAUAUUGCUAGAACGUGCUAGGGAUGUUUCAGCAUAUACCAGAAGUCGAGUAUUACAGGUAUGGGUUGAACUGUGCGAAGAGCAUUCUGUAUCGAUUGGUUUAUGGAACGAAGUUGCUGUAGUAGCUGCUGGGAGGUUGGAGGAUAAGAGUGCUGUGGUUAGAAAAUCUGCACUGAAUUUACUCAUCAUGAUGUUGCAACAUAACCCAUUUGGCCCACAACUGCGUAUAGCUUCAUUUGAGGCAACCUUAAAGCAGUACACAAAGAAGUUAAAUGAACUUGAGCCGAAUGGUUCAGAAGAAAGUGCUUUGGAGGUAUCACCACUUGAUAGUGAUACCAGAAAUGAAGAUGGUGAAUUAGUGGAAGACAAUGCUGGAGCUCUUAAGGAGCAGCAUGAUAGUUUGACUGACAGCUGCAUGCCUAAUGAGGAUGAGCAAAGUACUCAAACAGAUAGUUCAGUACCAGAUGUUGGGAAUUUGCAGCAAACCAAGACUUUGAUUGCAUCACUUGAGGCCGGAUUGAGAUUUUCUCAAUGUAUAUCUGCCACCAUGCCAACCCUUGUCCAGUUAAUGGCUUCAUCAUCAGCGACUGAUGUUGAAAACACAAUUUUAUUGCUAAUGAGGUGCAAACAGUUCCAGAUUGAUGGGUCAGAAGCUUGUCUUAGAAAGAUGUUGCCACUGGUAUUUUCCCAAGACAAAUCCAUUUCUGAGGCGGUGGAGAAUGCAUUUGUUCAUAUUUACAUAACAAAGAUUCCAAUUGAAACUGCUAAAAACCUCAUUACUCUUGCUACUGAUUCGAACAUUGGGGAUCUUGCAGCAUUGGAGUUUAUUGUUGCGGCAUUGGUAUCUAAGGGGAAUAUUUCUUCUAGCACGAUCUCAGCAUUAUGGGAUUACUUUUGUUUCAAUGUUACCGGGACUAGUGCAGAACAAAGUCGUGGUGCUCUAUCUAUAUUGUGUAUGGCUGCAAAAUCAUCAGCUGAUGUUCUUGGUUCUCAUUUACAAGACAUCAUAGAUAUUGGUUUUGGUCGAUGGGCAAAGGUAGAACCUCUGCUUGCCAGGACUGCUUGUAUCGCACUUCAAAGGCUAUCUGCUGAUGACCAGAAACGUUUGUUGACUAGUCAUGGUAGCAGAGUAUUUGGUGUUUUUGACAGCUUGGUAACUGGAUCUUGGCUUCCAGAACAUAUAUGGUAUUCUGCUGCUGAUAGAGCAAUCAGUACAAUAUAUGCCAUCCAUCCUUCUCCAGAAACUUUAGCAGCUGAUUUGGUGAUAAAAUCUCAUCAUUCUGUUUUUGGUACCGAAGAGUUGCAAAACGACGCUGAUGGUAGCAGUUCAAAUGUUCUUACUACGGUUCAAGUAGCGAAACUAAGUAGAUUUCUAUACGUUACAAGCCAUGUUGCCAUGAAUCAACUGGUAUAUAUCGAAUCUUGUGCUAGGAAGAUACAAAAGGAGAAAGCAAAGAAAGAAAAACUGGUUGCAGAAGGACAGCAUGCUGACAGCAAUGGUGGUAAACCUCUUACCGAACCAAAGGAGGAUGAUAUAAAUGCAGAAUUAGGUGUUGCUGCCUCAGAGGAUGCAUUGCUUGACAUACUUUCUGAAAGGGCAGAGAAAGAAAUUGUUGGUGCUUCAACCGGGAAAAACUUGAUUGGACACUGUGCGCCGUUUCUGUCAAAAUUGUGUCGAAACUUCAGUUUGAUGCAGAAGUAUCCUGAAUUACAGGCAUCGGGGAUGCUUGCCUUAUGCCGAUUGAUGAUUAUUGAUGCCAACUUUUGUGAAGCAAACCUACAGCUUUUAUUCACUGUUGUGGAGAGUGCACUGUCAGAAACUGUUCGCUCCAAUUGUACAAUAGCUCUCGGAGAUCUGGCUGUUCGCUUUCCCAAUCUUUUAGAACCAUGGACAGAAAAUAUAUACACAAGGCUACAUGAUCCUUCAGUUUCUGUCAGGAAGAAUGCUGUAUUAGUUCUCUCUCAUCUCAUUCUCAAUGACAUGAUGAAGGUAAAAGGCCAUAUAAAUGAGAUGGCAAUGCGACUAGAAGAUGAAGAUGAAAGGAUUUCUAAUCUUGCAAAACUAUUUUUCCAUGAGUUGUCAAAGAAAGGGAAUAAUCCUAUAUAUAAUUUACUGCCUGAUAUCCUUGGCAAGUUAGCAAACGCGGACUUGAACAGAGAAUCUUUUUUCAACAUUAUGCAAUUCUUGAUUGCGUCAAUCAAGAAGGACAAGCAAAUGGAAGCUCUUGUUGAAAAGUUAUGCUAUAGAUUUAAUGGGGUCACAGAUACCAGGCAGUGGGAAAACAUAUCAUAUUGUCUCUCACAAUUAUCCUUUACCGAUAAAGGCAUUAAAAAGUUGAUAGAAUUAUUUAAAGUUUAUGAGAAUGUUUUAUCCAAUGAAGCUGUGAUGGAGCAUUUUAAAAGCAUUAUAAACAAGGGUAAGAAGUUUGCAAAACCAGAACUGAAGUCGUGCAUCGAAGAGUUUGAGGAUAAAAUAUGCAUGUUUCACAUCGAUAAAAAGGAACAAGAACUUACAGCAAGAAAUGCAGCCGCUCAUCAACAGAAAGCUGAUGCCAUCAAAAAUAUUACUCUGGAUGCUAAUAUUGAAGAGGAAAGUGCCGAGUCUGAAGCUGAUGAAGAUGGUGAGGUCAUGGAUCCAACAAUAGAUGAAACUUCUGACAUUCCUACUAAUGAAAAUGCUUCAGAAGCUGAUGACUUGGAAAUGUCUGAUGCCCAUGAAAAUGCCUCAGAAGCUGUUGACUCUGAAAAGUCUGAUGUUUCUAGUAAUGAAGAUGCUGAUGCUUCAAAACAGGCUGACUUUGAAGAACAUUCGCAUGUUUCUAGUCAAGUGAUACAGUCAGAAGCAUGUGAUGAUGAGAUCCAAUCUCCACUAGUUAUUCCAAAAGGAACCGCAAGGCAUAGAGGCAAGAAAAGUAGUAGUAUAUCUGAGAAGGCCGAUUCUCAAGCUCCCAGCAUCAGAGUUACAAGGUCUAGAAGAAGGUGA